CCGAGAGGGAAGACCCUGGCGGCGGCCGCCUGACACUCGGCGCCUCCUGCCGUGCUCGGGGGCGGCAUGUCCGAGGCUGGCGGGGCCGGGCCGGGGGCCGGGCCCGGGGCGCUGCCCCCGCAGCCCCCCGCGCCGCCGCCGCCGCCGCCGCCGCCCGCGCCCCCGCAGGGCUCCUCCUGCGGUCCGGCGACGGCUGUGGCUGCGGCGGGCACGGCCGAAGGACCGGGAGGCGGUGGCUCGGCCCGGAUCGCCGUGAAGAAGGCGCAGCUGCGCUCGGCUCCGCGGGCCAAGAAACUGGAGAAACUCGGAGUGUACUCCGCCUGCAAGGCUGAGGAGUCCUGUAAAUGUAAUGGCUGGAAAAACCCCAACCCCUCUCCUACUCCCCCCAGAGCCGAUCUGCAGCAAAUAAUCGUCAGUCUAACGGAGUCCUGUCGGAGCUGUAGCCAUGCCCUAGCUGCUCAUGUUUCCCACCUGGAGAAUGUGUCAGAGGAAGAAAUGAACAGACUCCUGGGAAUAGUGUUGGAUGUGGAGUAUCUCUUCACUUGUGUCCACAAGGAGGAAGAUGCAGAUACCAAGCAAGUGUACUUCUACCUAUUUAAGCUCCUGAGAAAGUCUAUUUUACAAAGAGGAAAGCCUGUGGUUGAAGGCUCCUUGGAGAAGAAACCCCCAUUUGAAAAGCCUAGUAUUGAGCAGGGCGUGAAUAACUUUGUACAGUACAAAUUUAGUCACCUGCCAUCCAAAGAAAGGCAAACAAUAGUCGAGUUGGCCAAAAUGUUCCUAAACCGCAUCAACUAUUGGCAUCUGGAGGCACCAUCUCAACGAAGACUGCGCUCUCCCAAUGACGAUAUUUCUGGAUACAAAGAGAACUACACAAGGUGGCUGUGUUACUGCAAUGUGCCACAGUUCUGUGACAGUCUACCUCGGUAUGAAACCACCCAGGUGUUCGGGAGAACAUUGCUUCGCUCAGUCUUCACCGUUAUGAGGAGACAACUCCUGGAACAAGCAAGACAGGAAAAAGACAAACUGCCUCUUGAGAAACGAACUCUGAUCCUCACUCAUUUCCCAAAAUUUCUAUCCAUGUUAGAAGAAGAAGUUUAUAGUCAAAACUCUCCCAUCUGGGAUCAGGAUUUUCUCUCAGCCUCUUCCAGAAUCAGCCAACUAGGAAUCCAAACAGUUAUCAAUCCGCCUCCUGUGGCCAGGACAGUUUCCUACAAUUCAAACUCAUCUUCCCUUGAGCAGCCGAAUGGAGGGAGUAGCAGUCCUGCCUGCAAAGCUUCUUCUGGGCUAGAGGCAAACCCAGGCGAAAAGAGGAAAAUGAAUGACUCUCAUGUUCUGGAGGAGGCCAAGAAACCCCGAGUCAUGGGGGAUAUUCCAAUGGAAUUAAUCCAUGAGGUGAUGUCCACCAUCACGGACCCCUCAGCAAUGCUUGGACCAGAGACCAAUUUUCUGUCAGCCCAUUCAGCAAGGGAUGAGGCAGCAAGGCUGGAAGAGCGCAGGGGUGUGAUUGAAUUUCACGUGGUUGGAAAUUCCCUGAACCAAAAACCGAACAAGAGGAUCCUGAUGUGGCUGGUCGGCCUGCAGAAUGUGUUCUCCCAUCAGCUGCCCCGAAUGCCAAAAGAGUAUAUCACGCGGCUCGUCUUUGACCCGAAACACAAAACCCUCGCUUUAAUUAAAGAUGGCCGUGUUAUUGGUGGUAUAUGUUUCCGUAUGUUCCCAUCCCAAGGAUUCACAGAGAUUGUUUUCUGUGCUGUAACUUCAAAUGAACAAGUCAAGGGCUAUGGAACACAUCUGAUGAAUCAUUUGAAAGAAUAUCAUAUAAAACAUGACAUCCUGAACUUUCUCACAUAUGCAGAUGAAUAUGCAAUUGGGUACUUUAAGAAACAGGGUUUCUCCAAAGAAAUUAAAAUACCUAAAGCCAAAUAUGUUGGCUACAUUAAGGAUUAUGAAGGAGCCACUUUAAUGGGAUGUGAGCUAAAUCCUCGGAUCCCAUAUACAGAAUUUUCUGUGAUCAUUAAAAAGCAGAAAGAGAUAAUUAAAAAGCUGAUAGAAAGAAAACAGGCCCAGAUUCGGAAAGUUUACCCUGGACUUUCAUGUUUUAAAGAUGGAGUUCGACAAAUUCCUAUAGAAAGCAUUCCUGGAAUUAGAGAGACAGGCUGGAAACCAAGUGGAAAGGAGAAAAGUAAGGAGCCCAAAGACCCUGACCAGCUUUACAGCACGCUGAAGAGCAUCCUUCAGCAGGUGAAGAGCCAUCAAAGCGCUUGGCCCUUCAUGGAACCAGUGAAGAGAACGGAAGCUCCGGGAUAUUAUGAAGUUAUAAGGUUUCCCAUGGAUCUGAAAACCAUGAGUGAACGCCUCAAGAAUAGGUACUACGUAUCUAAGAAAUUAUUCAUGGCAGACUUACAACGAGUCUUUACCAAUUGCAAAGAGUACAACCCCCCUGAGAGUGAAUACUACAAAUGUGCCAAUAUCCUGGAGAAAUUCUUCUUCAGUAAAAUUAAGGAGGCUGGAUUAAUUGACAAGUGAUGUUCCCCCCCCUGCUGCUUAGAGAUUCAUCAAGCAGUGUGCCUAAUGCAAGGUGGUUUAGUUGUACAAAGAAUUGGACAAAAUAUGUCGAAGAGACUUGUAAUAAUUAGCACUUUUGAAAAACAAACAAAAAACCUCCUUUUAGCUUUUCAGAUAUGUAUAUAAAUUGACAUAGAACAUUUUUAUUUUAUGGAAUAGAUUUUAAUCUAUUUAGUACUAUUAAUGUAAAUUUUCUAUGGCAUGUCCAUUAGACAACUAUUACAAGAUAAAUGGUCAGGGGUUUCCUCAAAACCUGUAUGUGAGGAAAUUGCACAUUAUCUCAAGAUUUGGGGGAUUCUAGAAAAUUUCAGACCAUGAAUGUUUCCAUGUUUUUCUAAUGGAAUGUGAGAAUUUAUUUUUAUUUUAUUCUGAAGGACUAUAAGGAAGGGAUACGUGAUUUUAAAAAACCCAUAAAAGGUGAAAUACAUUUGAAGUCUCGUUGUAGACUUUAUAUAUAUAUAUAUAUAUAUAUUUUUAAAACACUCAUCUAAAUGAGGUGCUUUGAGCAGUUCUGAAAAUGCAGCUCCACAAAAGCAACUGCUUUGAUUUCUAAGGAAGAAAUUUUAAAUAAUGCAACGUUUUAUAAGCAUCUGGAGUUUUGAUAAUUCUGUCUACCUACAACAAACUUGUGAGUUCAUAACCACUAUUUUAAUAAUUGUUUUCUCUACAUAAAUGUUUAAUAUAGCAUUUGACUUUGCUUAUGCAGGCCAUAAGUUCCAAAAGGUAAUUUCCCAGGCCACAAAGGCGUAAAUUUGAAAACACUUAAGAUUUAAUCCACGUAUUUUAAUAGGAAAAAAGUUUAUAGUUUACACAUAUAUCAAUAUGGUGAAUCCUUUUCUAAAAUAAGGAUUUAUUUAUUUGGGAUACACAACACCGUUUAUAAAGUAUACAUGAGGAUUUUUCAUUUUUCAUCUCCCGAUUUUGUUUGUUGUCAGUGGUGAAUUAAAUUCCAACCAAGGUUUUCUGUCAGUAUUUUAAUACCUAUAUUGCUGUAUAGGUCCAAGGUCACAUCCCACUAAAAUCCAUUAUACAACCAACCUUAUUAAACUGUCUUCGAUUUAUUUCCUAAUUACACUACAAAGAAAAGUGGGACUUCUGCCAUCCCAAGUCUGGGGAAAUCAACUAAUAUACAACCAUAGAAAUGAAGGCCAUCCUGGUGGUCUCGACACUAAUUUUUAUGAUGCAAAUUUAUAAACUCGUUUUUUGUAAAGGAUGGAAUUUUAAAAGUGUGUUUAUCUUGAUUUUUCUAUCAGCAUAAAUAAAUUAAAAUGAUCAGUAACAGUCGUUAAAAACCAUUGCCAGUGAUAGUCUGUGUGAAGGGAAAAACCCUGCAAAUGGCUAUUAAGUUGAAAGUGUUGUUUUUGAUACAAAUGAGAUAUUCAGAAUGCUCACAUGGAAAAAUGCCUCAUCUUUUUUAAGUAUAAGAAACUACCUUCAGUGGUGUCUAGAUUUCUAUGAAGAAUGAUGAUACAGUUUGGAUUAAGUUAUUUUGGACUGGUUUUAACAGUGCUUUGUAUCAGAUCUGCCAAAGCAUCUGUCCAGCUUGGUAUCCUGUGAAAGUUUGUUAUUUUCUUGGUAGACAUUCUUAUAGAGUAUUGUCUUUAAAAUGAGAUUGUCUCUUCUAUAUUGAAAGCAUUUUUAUGUUUUCUAAUUUAAAAAUUAAUAUUUUCUUAUAGAUAUUGUGCAAUAAAGCUGAAGUAGAAUGUGUGGUUUUGCAAAUGCUUUAACAGCUGAUAAAAUUUUACAUUUGUAAAAUUAAUAUAUUGUACUGGUACAAAAUAGUUUUAAAUUAUAUUUUAAAAAGCUCCCAGUCUGUUGGUGUGUUUUCUUCUUCCAGCCAACUGAGCAGCACAAACGUGAUUUGGGUGAUGAGUACUCACUGUAUACCCUUAAUCCUUAGCUCUUCAGCAUGUUGUUGAAGACAUUUAGAAUUAUAUUUGUGGGAAGCAUCAUAAAUCCACAGCUCAUCAAUGAGAGAUUUUCAAGGGGAAAGGUACUGAACUCUUGUCUUUUGAGUCAUCCACUAUGUCUUGCCCAUUGUCACUAGACAAUAAAAAAGAUUCAUCAAAAAAGAUUGUUAUUGGCUUACAAGUUAAAAGGUCUUUUACAAUAUUUUUACUUUGUAUCUGUGAAAUAGAUAAAAAAAAAAAACAGCUAAUUUUUAAUUAUCUCCCAUGUGAGCUUCUAAUGUCACUCAAAAUGCUUCCUGUGGGAAAGUAUCAUAUCCCAUUGGGGUAUGAAAGACCCCCACAGAAAGGAUUGCUCUUCCCUCUUGAAAACUGAACCAACUAAGAAGUCGUAAACAUAUUGUAAAACAUUUGGCAUAUUUUGGCCAAAAUAUCAGCAGAAUUACUGAUAAAAUGAACAUUGGAGAAUGUGGCUUCCUUAUCCCUGUGGAAAAUGAGCUUUCUAAUACAAAGUCCCAGAAUGUGAUUGGCUCUCCAGUCACCAGCAGCUCUGCACCAUUGCCGACCUCCCUUCCUGGGGCAGGGUAAUCCCAUAUAUCUGUAGUGAAGAAUCUCUCAAUAGGGGUGGGCAUUGUGGCACAGUGGGAUCAGCCACCAUUUGUGAUGUAGGCAUUGCAAAGGGGUGCUGGUUAGAGCUCAGACUUCUUCACUUCUGAUCCAGCUCUCUGCUAAUGUGCCUGGGAAAAAAGAUAGCCCAAGUACUUGGGCCCCUGUCACCCAUGUGAGAGACCCAGACGGAAUUCUGUGCUCCUGGCUUCAGCCUGGAUUAGCCCAGCCAUUGCAGCCAUUUGGGGAAUGAACCAGUGGAUGGAGGAUCUCUCUCUCCCUUACUCUCUUUCACUCACUCUAUCGUUCUUGCUCUCUGCAUAUCGCUCUGUCUUAAUAAAUCUUUCAAAAAAACGCUAUAUAAAUUAUUUUUAUUUAUUUGAGAGAGAGAGGGUAGUCUCCCAUCUACCAGUUUAUUCCUCAAUUGUCAACAACAGCUGACUAGAUUGGGCUGAACUAAAGCUGGAGCCAAGAACCCAAUCCAGAGGCUAACGCUGUGGCACAGUGGGUUAUACUGGCACUUGCAAUACCAGCAUCCUGUAUGGGCUCUGAUUUGAGUCUUGGCUGCUUCAUUUCCACUCCAGCUCCCUGCUAAUGUGCCUGAGAAGCAGUGGAAGAUAGCCUAAGUGCUUGAUUCCCUGUAUCUAUGUGGGAGACCUGUAUGAAGCUCCUGGUUUCUUGCUGGUCCACCCCUGACCAUUGUGGCCAUUGUGGGAGUGAACCAGUGGAUGGAAGAUCUCCAUCUCUCCCUCUCUCUGUAACUCUGCCUUUCAAAAAAGUAAAAACAGGAACCAGUGCUGUGGCCUAGUAGGUUAAAUAUCUGGCUGUGGCACCAGCUUCUCAUAUAGGCGCCACUUCGAGUCCUGGCUGCUGCACUUCCAAUUCAGCUUUCUGGUUCCACAGUCUGGCCAUUGCAGCCAUUUGGGAAGUGAAGCAGCGGGUGAAAGACUUUGUAACUAUGCCUUUCAAGUAAAUAAAUAAAUCUUUAAAACAAGCAAAAAAAAAAAAAUUACCAAUCUAGGUCUCCCACUCAGGUGGCAGGAGCCCAACUAUUGAGCAUCACAGCCUUUUCUGGUUGAAAAAGGUGUGUGUGUGUGUGUGUGUGCAGGGAGUGUUUGGGGGGGUGUGGAAAACUGGUGGCAGGGACUGACGUCAGUGCCUCUAUUUGAAUCUGAAGGCUCUUGGGGUUAUUUACUUUCUCCUUUGGGUCCAUUGGUGCUACCAGUCUAAGUUAUAAUGAAGAUUGACAGGGCAAAACCAGAAAUGUCUUAGGUAAAGAGAUGGAAAUGGAUUUAAAGAGGAAAAAAUAAAGAGCAAGUAGGUUUCCAAUAGGCUUGGAGGAAGACCUUCAAGAAAAUAACCAGAAGAUGCUAAAAGGAGGUAAGAGGACAGCUGUGUCAUGAAAAGUCCCCUUUACCAUAAUGUGUAUAUUUAUGCCUUGGUUUUCUUAUGAGAACACUGUGGAAAUAUGAAGCUAACAGUGACAAAGCUGGAGAUUUUCUUUGUAUUUAUUAAAAAUAAUUAAAAAAAAAACCAGAAAAGCAAAGAAAACAAAACUCAAGCUUCCUGUUCACUCUUACUGGGAAGUUCAACACCUGUGGUAGGGUCAAGAGUUGAAAAAGAUAAGAAAGAACUAGUGUAAUUGGUAAGUGUGUAUGACAUUUUAUGAACUGAGUUGAAAGCAGUUUCAGUUUAUCUAGGUGUGAAGUUCUCUAAAAGAAAUCUCUUGGGGGCCUUGUUGGAGGCUAAGGGUCUGCUCAAAAUAAUGCACAUGUUCACACAUACACGUGUAAACUUUCUGCAAAUCAGUUCCCUUGGGUCUUGAAUCCUUUUAAAGUUCACUAAUGAACGCUGGUUUAAGAAUUGUUGGUUGGGGCCAGCAUUGUGGUGCAGUGAGAUUAGCCUUUGCUUGCAGUCCCAGCUGCUCUGUUUUGUUUUAUUUUGUUUGUUUGUUUUUGGGUAAGAUUUAUUUAUUUCAUUUGAAAGGCAAGAGUUACGGGGGGUGGGGGGGAGUCAUCUGCUGGUUCACUCUCCACUUGGCUGCAGUGACAGAAGCUGGUCCAGAUCGAAGUCAAGAGCCAGGAGCUUCUGGGUUUUGCAUGUGAGUACGGGGACCCAAGCACCUGGACAAUUUCUGCUGCUUUCCCAGGCACAUUAGCAGGGAGCUGGAUUGGAAGUGGAGCAGCUGGGAAUUGAAUCAGUGCCCAUAACGGAUGCAGAUGGCAGAUUAACCUGCUAUGCCACAGCACUGAUCCCUCUAAUCCAGCUUCCUUCUGAGGUGUCUUGAUUGCUUGUGACUGUUAUAUACAUCAGUGCAAUCACUACCCAAAGAAGACACAUUUCCAUCACCCAAAUAAAGUUUCCUGGUGCCCAUUUCCAGCCAAUUCCCCUCCCACCAUCUCAAGACAACCACUUUUGAUUGCUAUCACCAUAGAUCUUUUUCUGUUCUUUAAUUUCUUGUAUUCUUGGGUCUGCUUCAUCCACGCUGUAGUAUGUAUUAAUAUUCUGUUGUUGGAAUGUUUCACAAUUUGUUUCUCCAUUCAACUGUAGUGGUUAUUUGGGUAGUUUCCACAUUAUGGUUUUAACAGUAAAGCUGCUGUAAACAUUUUUGUAUAGGUCUGUUUGUAGACACAUGCUGCUGUUCCUCUUGUGUAAAUACCUAAAUGUGGAACUGUUGGGUCACAAAGGAGAUGUGGGCUUGAUUUUAUAGGAUAUUCUUUCUGUUGUAUUGACCCAUGAAGUUUUUUAUAUUCGAAAGUUCCAACAAUCACUGUUGUCUGUUUCUUCUAGGUUUUUCAUUUAUAGAUUAUACAUUUAUUUAUAAGCUAUAAAGCUAUCUUUUCUCAUCUCUAUGUUAUGGAUGAAAAUAUUGAACAGGAUGAAACUUUCCAUGGUGAUGUUAGAUGCCAACUUCUAAGAUGCUAAAGAUAAAAAUCCCUUGGGUAUGAUUGUGCAGCUGUAGGAGUCCACUUGACAGUCUCCAACCAGGCCAAAUUUUUCCAUAUUUUCUAUGAAUACCAAAAGGAAAUAA